UGUACGAGUUCAUGUUUGACGGCCAACAAUUCUGAAAGCUUUAUCUUAUCGACCAUGAGGGUUCUCAGCCUUGCCGACGAGGCCAGGGCGUUACUUCAAAGAACCCUGUCAGAUUAUGACGAGCAUUAUGGACUAGGCGCUAUGAGCUGUGCUGCGUAUGACACUGCCUGGGUGUCGUUAGUUACAAAGAAUAUCGAUGGAAGCAAGCAGUGGCUUUUUCCCGAAUGUUUCCACCAUCUGUUGGCCACACAAUCCGACGAGGGUGGUUGGUCGCCUGAAUCGGGUGCUCAAAUUGAUGGGAUUUUGAACACCGCAGGUCCUCUGUUAGCUCUCACGCGUCAUGCUGCUGCGCUCCUUGAGAAUCAACAGGAUACCAAUGAAAUUAAGAGGCGCAUCGAGAAGGCAACGCACUCAUUAAGAUCCCAGCUGGCUGUUUGGGACGUCUCGACGACUAAUCAUGUCGGCUUUGAAAUCAUUGUGCCCGCUAUACUCGAUCUGUUGGAGAAAGAAGAUCCUUCGCUAGUCUUUCAAUUUAAAGCCAGGGACGCUUUGCUGAAGAUCCAUAAUGCGAAAAUGUCGCGCUUUCGACCAGAGGCACUGUACGGAUCAAAAAGACUUACGGCACUUCACUCUUUGGAGUCAUUCAUCGGCAAGAUUGAUUUUGACAAGGUCAAGCAUCAUUUAAUCCGAGGCUCCAUGAUGGGUUCGCCCUCCUCUACGGCAGCAUAUUUGAUGUAUGCUUCGGACUGGAACAAUGAGUCCGAGGACUAUCUGCGACAUGUUAUCCGAUAUGGUGCUGGUCAGAAUAGUGGCGGCAUUCCAAGUGCCUUCCCAUCCACGCAUUUUGAAUGCACCUGGGUUUUGUCAACGUUGUUCAGAGGAGGAUUCACACCUUCUGAUUUGAGUGGUGCAGAGCUAACAAAAAUGACAAAUAUACUUAGCAAUUCAUUCAUCAAAGAGAACGGUGUUCUCGGGUUUGCCCCCGGCUUCGAAGCGGACGUAGAUGACACUGCGAAAGCUAUCAGUUGUCUAAGCGUACUGGGUCAAAAUGAUAGCCCAGAGGGUAUGAUCCAAACAUUCGAAGUUGAUACCCACUUCCGAACUUAUGUAGGGGAGAGAGAUCCUAGCUGUACUGCAAACGCCAAUGCGCUCCUAGCGUUUCUGCAUCAUCCUGAUGUUUUGCUGUACUCCAAACAGGUCCUCAAGAUUACGAAGUUUCUCUGCAAUUAUUGGUGGGCGAGCGACGGCAGGAUUGAGGACAAAUGGAAUAUCUGCCAUCUUUACCCAUCUGUUCUUUUAGUCCAGGGCCUGGUGGAUUUACUCUUCUUAAUCGAGCAUGAUAGGCUGCCUGGAGUUUUCAGCGCGGAAAUGCAGUCUCGAAUUGCCAUUACCAUUUUCCAAGCCUGCUUUCGGACUCUGUCGGACCAACAUGCUGAUGGAUCCUGGAAUCAGUCUCUUGAAGAGACGGCCUAUGCACUCCUGAUUCUCAAUGAAGCUCGACGGCUAGCUUUCUUUGAAACCCUUCAAAAGCCCCUGAACGACGCUAUUGCUCGCGCAGUUACUUUCAUCAACUCCAUUAGCGAUCGGUCAUUGGAUUACAUAUGGAUAGAGAAGGUCAGCUACGCUUCACCUCUUUUGAGAGAUGCGUACGUACUCGCAGCGCUGAGGGCAUCCGCAUCGCCACCUGGCUUAUCUACUGGACGUAGCGUCUGGUCUGUGGCACAAAUGAAACAGAUCGAUGAAUAUGUCAAAAAACGUCACGAAUCCCCACUUUUUCGCUCCCUAUCUUAUUGGGAGAUAGACGGCUCCAUCGUGGAAUCGGUUUUGUUUCUUCCCCUACUACGAGCGCAGAGCGAAAUCGUCUUCCCGCCUAUGUAUGCAAAGAACACACCGAAUCUUGGUGUAUUGGCGUUUUCCUGGAUAAUUGCGAACAAUCGUCAACGUACCUACGCGCCGAACACAUUCCUGUAUGAGAUGGCAACUUCGUCAAUUCUAGCGUUUCAGCUUGACGAAUUUAUGGAAGCUGUGGCGAACUCACCGUCUUUUGGUGGUAAUGAUGCUAUUCGACAGCUGAUUGAAGACCUCUGUGGCAAGAAAUCCCGUGCAAUGGACAGUGAAUCUGAGAGCCUAGAACUCAUGGACGUUUCCGAAUCAUGCUCCGGCAGCUACGUGGAAAUAACUCACAAGGAAGUCGUCCGCUAUUUAGAGAGGUUCAUGAACCAAUUUGAAGACCACUCCUCAGUGCGGUACGCAAGCGCUUGGGACAAGGACAUGCUACACCAAGAGCUGAGAUACGGUCUACUCACUCACGCGCGGCAAGCUUACGACAAAUUGCGCAAUAAUGUGAAGCAAGCAUUGGCGGGCCACACAGGCGAACAGAGACCGACCCACUUUGGUAACAACAUUGGCUCUACAUACACCUUCUACUUCUUAUGUUGUAUUCUCGGGGCCUCACAUACGCCUGGCAGUGGAGGCGAAGAUUGCUUUCCUUCUGGGGAAGAGAAGUACCUCGCCAAUGUCAUGGUACGGCAGAUGGGCACUAUGUGCCGCAUGCAAAGUGUGCUGGCAUCCGAAAAAAGAGUUGAUGUCGAGCGUAGGUCGCAUUGUGAUAGCUGCCGGGAAUUCAAUCAGCAGAGUGCAAUUGCAGACAGAAAGAAAGCGAUUUUCGAGGUGCUAGAUUUUGAGCAAGAAAGCUUCGGAUACUCAUUCUCGCGCCUUGUUCAUGCGGCAAAGGGUGUUGCGAUUGAGCGAAGAAACAAGGAAGCGGAAAGGCUUGCCAGUCGACGAUUAAAAAUUCUUGAGGUUUUCGCAGAUCAGAUAGAGUUUUACAGCUAUAUACAGUGA